AUAUCAAAUCUUCGAUUCAGGCCGAUCCCCCUAUUUCUACACGCUGUCUCUGAUGACGACAUAUGACGGUAAGAUUUUGUGGCGAGACUGUCUCAAACGUCCAUCGUUCAAAAGUGCUCGUACUCAAAAACCAUUAUCUGUUAGCUCUCUUAGACUUGUUGCUACUCUUUGUACCUUGUGACUUCUACACCGGCCCUACCUAAAUGUCCGACUCGGAGCCUUUGUUCACUCUUACCAUGUCAUCCUCGUCCGGCUAUGCGACCAACACCUUACGGAGAGCCUAUCGUGCAGUCUUUGGAAGAGACCCCCCUCCCGACGAGCGGGACGACCAAAUCCUACUCUGGAUCAAAAUCUGCUCUGCCGUAGGGGUGGAUCAUGACCUCGUCAGAACGAUAAAACGGUUCUUUCCUGCCUUGCCUGAUCUCAGCCGGUUCAACGUCGUUGGUCAUCUUCUUGACCUUCCUUUGGCUUUGCGAACAAACGUUACAGCCUACAAAUCGAUCGAUACUCUCGAAUUUAUGAACCACCUUCAGAGCUCAGCUGAACUUCCCGGACCAGAGCUGAGCACAGGAGAUAAGUCGGUGCUGCACAGGCGUGAACAACUCGUAACCGCCAUCUGCCAUACCCUACUAUCAUUUGUCGGUUUCGAGCUUGCAUCUAGACACAAGAACCCGACAACGAACAAACUUGCGCUUUCAAAAGAGACCGCUCAACCCACCAGGAUCCUCUCCUAUUCCAUUGACUCAUCGUGGUGGUUCACUCUCACCGUGCAGAUUACCGAUUUUCCAGACCCAGACGACCCCGAUGUCCUCGUCUCGAUAAGGUGGAAGCAUGCCAGUGUCAAGAGCCGAACCCAUCCUGUCUGCUGUGUCAUCAACUUUGUUGAUUUUUUCAACGAACCUACGGUGUUCCCGUCCUCGGGCCAGUUCGACAGGAUUGAAGACGUGGGAUUCGAGAGCUCAUCUAGCUACGUGGAUUUUGUGCAGAUAAUGCAGGAGAUUCUGUUGGGUCCGUUGUGGGAGAAUAUCCGGGAAAAAGCUCCAGAUGUAUGCACCGAUCAAAAGUCGCACGAACAGUACACCAAGACAGCCCCGCACGACGGAGAAGAGGAACAGACUAGAAAGAGGGACACCGGCUCCACGGCGCAGGAUGUCUGACAUUCAGCAGUAGAUGUAUCUUACUACCUGGAAUACUAGCACAUAUGAUUUUGACCGGAUCACACCAAAGGACAUCCUCUCCAUCACCACGACCCAUAUGAACAAGGCAGGAUUGGCAUUGUCUUAUGUGGCAGAUGUAGCAUCGGCGCAAAGCCGGAGUCUUGGUUUU